AAUACAAUCUCGACCUUGGUGUAGUGACGGCAGCGCUCCAGGGGUAUCGCGACACUUUUUUGCUCUACUUUUUCAUUUCUGCUUUGUGCACAACCAAAUUUUGAAUUUAAUUACGAAUAGUGACACAGGGACCAUGGUUACUAUGGAGGAAUUUAACAGUCACGCUGAAAAAGUUAAAAAGCUUAAAACAAAACCUAAUGAUAAUGAUCUCCUCGAACUUUACGGCUUGUACAAACAAGCUACGGUUGGUGACAACAAUACAUGUGCACCUGGUAUCCUCGAUCUAAAAGGAAAGGCAAAAUGGAACGCUUGGAAUGGAAAAAAGGGUAUUUGCAGCGAAGAAGCCAAAACGUUGUACGUGAAUAAAGCUAGAUGCCUUAUUGAAAAAUAUGGACUGGAAUCAUAAUUACUAUUAAUUUUGUUCAAGGAAACUAAGUUAUUCAGUUAAUAUUCAUAUAUUUUUGAUAUGAUUUACAUAUUGAGUUCGGUUAUAAUUUUUACUCUUUUUUCCUCAUCUUUUUUAUUUGUUACUUUACAAAUGUUAAUCGUAACGAUAGGGGUCAGUAAACAUUUAUGAUAGUUGUUAUUUACUGUAUAUCUAAACGUGUUUUACGACAUUAACGACUUCUAUUGUCUUUCAUACUUUUUUGUAAUAUCGAAAUAUAUAUUAAAGGAAA